AUGCAGAAGCAAAGAAGUAUGGAGAAAAGUGUUCCUGCAGCUAAGAAGAUUGACAAAACUACAGUGAGGGUAAGUAAAGGUAUGCCAGCCCACUCACAUUCCCCGUCCCAUUCUGCAGCCCCGUGGCUUAUUUCGCCACAAAAAUCUUCAUCAGUGGCAGCGGAGAAACCAUCACCCUCCUCCCAUAUCCUCUCGCAUACUUGCUCAUAUGCGAGAGCGGCUGCGACCCGCUCGCAGCACUCCGCGAUCACAGGGGGAACUGACAAUCGCUCCGAGCAUAUGACUAGAUCGGAGCAUGUGAAAUCAGCUCCCGCGAGCGGAGCAAAAGAUGUUCAUAGCCACUUGCAGCUUACAUGUAAAGCAUCCCAGUCCCUGGCAUACAAAAGAGACCGGGCUGUGGAUGAGGGGGUGGGCGGAGGGAGGUCCCAAUCCCUGUCGUGGUCCUCUGCCUCACGGCAGUCAGACUUAACAGGGGGAGGCUCUGCCACUCGUUCCCCUCACAUAUCUGGUGUUAAAGGGGCAACAGAGAGCCCUGCUGAAUAUGAGAUGGAGGAUGAAUUCUAA